AAUGUGUUUCCAAACAACACUCCUUUUAACGCGACAGGCUGUGUCAACUACUUCCUCAUUUCAACUAAAAAGUUUUCGGGUGAAGAAAUUGAUUGCUACUUUGUAUCUCUGACAUUUCAGAUGACCAGAUACUGUAGUUACUCACUCCGUUGAUAUUAUUAUUUGAUAGCUAAGAGGCUACAUUGUAGCUACUACUUAAUCACGUUGGGAGAGGUCACAAAAAAAUAAACAUGGACAAUACUGGUUUUCUUAGACAAAAAACGAUCAAGCUUGUGAUAAAAACACCUAAUCAAGCCCACGGGGAUCAAACGAUUGAAGGAGUUGACAUGGACUGGACAGUGAAAGAGUUGAAGACACAUUUGUCGAGAAUGUACCCAAACAACCCGGCUGAAAGUGAUCAGAGACUAAUUUACUCUGGCAAGCUGCUCCCAGACCACCUGCAUGUAAGAGAGAUUUUCAGAAAGACGGACCUAACACCCACUGUGCACCUGGUGUGUGCAGUAAGGACUCAGCCUAUAGGUCCGCUAGGAGCAAGGCCAAAGGUCAGGGAAUCAGAGCAGCAAGAGGCACAAACCUCAGCCAUGCCUACCGGUCAGAACCCAGAGGGUGCCUCCCCAGCCCCAUCUGUGCCCAGUGAACCAGAACUGAGACAGCGCAGGCCCCCUGCCCCCUCUCACACCCCACCAGCAGCUGCAUGGCCUGGCACUACAACGCUAGUGGCAGCAGAGAUGACAAACCCAACCUUCCCCACUUACUCCCUCUACAGCCCUCAACAGCUUCUCUGGCUGCAGCACAUGUAUGCUCGCCAGUACUACAUGCAGUACCAUGCAGCCUACGCAGCAGCAGCAGCCUCUGUCCCCUUUGCCCCAGCCGCCGGCCCAUCCCUGCCUGUCGCACCCCACCAAGCCGCUAUCCCAGCAGCCCUGCCAGCCAAUCAGAAUGCGCAGGACGCCGCCUUCAUCAACCCGGGAGCAGCCAAUCAGAACCUGCGGAUGAACGCCCAGGGCGGACCUGUGAUGGAGGAUGAGGAGGAUAUCGAUCGUGAUUGGCUUGACUGGGUGUACACGGCUGCACGUCUGGGUGUCUUCCUCAGCAUCGUCUACUUCUACUCCAGCCUGAGCCGCUUCGUCCUGGUCAUGAGCAGCCUCCUCCUUAUGUACCUGCACACAGCAGGCUGGUUCCCCUUCAGAAGAAGGCCCCUGGUCAGAGGUCCCAACAACCAGGUCCCCGACGUCAUCCAGAACCACCAGGACAGGAACCCAGUUCCACCUACGGAGGACCCUGCAGAAGAAGAGGGGGCUGGGGCGGAGGCUGAGCUUGAUGAACCACACCCCCUGACUGCAGUGCUGGUGCCUCCACACAGGGUGUCCAUCGUUUGGACUGCCUGGAUCUUUUUCAAAGCCUUCUUUGCCUCCCUCGUCCCAGAGGGCCUAGCAGUGGCUAACUGAAUUAUCAACUCUUCCAGCAGGGGGCACACUGGUGCUGAAUUUACCCUGAGUAUUAGACUUGCCUCUCUGUCACGGGAAGUCCUCCCUCUUUGGAUUUCUGGAUAGUAGAUGCCUGGACAUUUUGUGAGAAAUCCUGAAUGAUUUAGGGCUUCAAUGCAUACUAAUCCCUGCCUGUAGUCUGUUGUGAGUCUUUAGGGAUAUGGUGGUUCAUUUGGCACUUCCUGCCUUAUGACAGUGACCAAAUGGUUGUAUAUGCAGUAUAGUACAUACACUUCUCGCUGCCAAAUGGUUGUAUAUACUGUAAAUGAGUAUUGGAACUAAAAAUGUAAAUAUUAUUCUAUUGUCUGUGUAACAGGGUUGGUUAUGUUUUCACUUGACACUGCAGAAAUCUGUAUUUUGUUUGUGUAUUCCUAUUGGUUGGUUAAAUUUACAUAUCAGUAAGUUGUAAUGCCAUUGGUCAUGCUUGCAGAUAGGGAGAGAUCGCAAACUUAAAUUCUUCCCAGUCUGA